AUCCGAGAUCCGAGUUCCGCAAAAUGGCGGGUGCCAUAGUGCGUUGUUUUCAGAUUCCGAGGAGACAAUUGGGUCUCCUCGGAUCGAGUUUGAGCAGUCAGCAACAGAGAACACUCGCCGAUGCUCCGGAAGGAAAGAAACAAGGAGGUCCCCUGGCUGAUGAGGACCGUAUCUUUACGAAUCUGUAUGGCAGACAUGACUGGCGGUUGAAGGGUGCCAUGAGUCGUGGCGAUUGGUAUAAAACCAAGGAAAUAAUAGAUAAGGGCGCCGAUUGGAUCAUCAAUGAGAUUAAAAUUUCCGGUCUGAGAGGCCGUGGUGGAGCCGGCUUUCCCUCUGGGAUGAAAUGGUCUUUUAUGAACAAACCAUCUGAUGGUCGGCCCAAGUACCUGGUGAUCAAUGGCGACGAGGGCGAGCCAGGGACGUGCAAGGAUCGUGAAAUACUACGCCAUGAUCCACACAAACUUGUGGAAGGUUGCCUAAUCGCUGGUCGCGCUAUGGGAGCUUGCGCCGCUUACAUCUACAUACGCGGUGAAUUUUACAAUGAAGCGUCCAACAUGCAAGUUGCUAUAGCAGAGGCUUAUCAGGCCGGUUUAAUCGGAAAGAACGCUUGCAACUCUGGCUACAAUUUCGACAUCUUUGUGCAACGAGGAGCAGGUGCAUAUAUCUGUGGUGAGGAGACCGCUCUUAUAGAAUCUAUGGAGGGGAAACAGGGAAAACCGAGACUAAAACCACCAUUCCCAGCUGACGUUGGCGUGUUUGGAUGUCCCACAACCGUCACUAACGUUGAAACCGUAGCAGUGGCACCUACAAUCUGUCGCCGAGGUGGAGCAUGGUUUGCCUCAUUUGGACGUCCACGCAAUCAUGGAACCAAGCUCUAUAACAUUUCUGGGCAUGUGAACAAUCCAUGUACCGUCGAAGAAGAAAUGUCCAUUCCUCUGAAAGAACUGAUCGAGAGGCACGCGGGAGGUGUAAUUGGAGGAUGGGAUAAUUUGUUAGGUGUUAUUCCUGGUGGUUCUUCAACUCCCGUCAUUCCUAAGAGCGCGUGUGACACCGUUUUGCUGGACUUUGAUGAUCUCAUCAGAGUACAGAGUUCGUUCGGCACAGCCGCAGUAAUCGUAAUGAAUAAACAGACGGACAUAAUCAAGGCCAUCACUCGUUUGAUAAGUUUCUAUAAACACGAAUCCUGCGGUCAGUGUACGCCUUGUCGCGAGGGUAUCAGUUGGAUGUAUAAAAUACUAAAAAGAUUUGUAGAAGGUAACGCCGAGGUACACGAGAUAGACAUGCUAUGGGAGCUUACGAAACAAAUAGAACUGCACACGAUAUGCGCUUUAGCGGACGGUGCUGCGUGGCCUGUACAAGGUUUGAUCAGGCAUUUUAGGCCGGAAAUCGAAGCACGUAUGAACGAACAGAAAAGAGCGACAUUGAAAAGUUGAGAUAAAACUGGAAAUUAGAGAGAAUAUAACGGGACGAGAUAUAUAGAACAAUCCCUGUAAAAUUUUAUAUUUAUUUUCAGUGUAUAUAAAUGAAUAUAAACGCGAUAGUCACAAUUCCUCUGUAAUAAUGUUUUUUCGAACCCGGACAUCCAUCCUGGAAGUUCGAAUAAUAAAGGAAAGAAAAACUUUAUAAA